AAGCCCAUCCUGCUUUCCCAGCCCCCCCCCCAACUUGGGUGCAAGUAGUCUCAGCUCCUGCCUCAGUGGUGCAACGUAGCCUCCUCUAGCUGGGCGCCCGCCCUCCAGAGGGAUUCGACUACAGAUCCCAGCAUCCCCUGCCAGCCACGCCGGGGCCAGUGCUCAAGAAAACCGGGAGACGUCGCCCGAAAACACUUGGAAGGGGCUCGACUGGAGCCCAUAGGAGUUGGAACCCAAGCAUGCGGGUGGUGGGCGACAGGUUGCGGGAGGGGAGUGGGAUGGGAGCCUCCUUUUUCCCCACGGCCCUCUAAGUUGGUCGGUGGUCCCACCAUUGUCAGGAGCAGUCUAUCCCGAAACGCUUCUGCUGACAGACAUUAAGCAGUGGAAGAGGCGGCCUGCCAUUGCCUCCGCCUGGAGGGUUUCCCCGAAAGCAGGAACGUUGCGGGGGCCCUCGCCCGGUUGUGUCUCUCCACUGAUGGCUAGGUGAGCUUUUCGGGCACAGGUGCUGUCCUUGCGUACCUGGGCGCACCUCAGCUCAAUGGCCUGGCACACCGUGUUUCCUGACGUCUUCCCCGCCGGCCCUCCACAGUCGGGGCCUCUGAGGUGAGUUGAAUUGCAGUGUAGGAUUGGGGAGACUCGGCAUAAAUGAUCGGGGUGCACUAUCCCACCAGGCCAGUACCUGGCCAGAAUACUUAGCUGCCUGGGGAAAGGCCUGCAUCAGGUGCUUCCCUGCUGCUCCUGGAGGAGGCUGUUUUGCUCCACCUGCAGACCAGGGGCAUAUCCUGCCCCAGAUCUGGGCUUGCAUGUCUGUAAAAGAGAAGGCAGAAGCUUCCCUGGGAGAAAAAUACCUUUUGCAAAUGAACGCUGCAGCACAACCUGCUACAGAAAAUUUCUUAUUUGAACCGGGGGCCGAGUUUAUCCACAAAGGCGUAUCUCCUUUCCAACAGCCUGGCAGAUGGAUGAAAUGGCAGUCAGAAUGGGCCCUAGACCCAGUGCUUGGUUUCUUCAAAUCAUAACGCAGUUUAGAUCUAAACAUAAUUUAGAUCCUAGCCUAGAUGAUGGUGUGGGGGAUGCUUUUUAAGUCCCUGCAAAUAAAAAGCUAGCACAUCAGGAAAGGUGUUUGGCUGAACAUCUCCUUCCUGGUGGUUUAAUUGCCUGUAUACAGGGAGUCUUAAGGCUGCAAUCUUAAACACUCUGGAGAAGGAAUAAGAGUGUCGUGGGACUUAGCCUGUAGUAGACAUCGAAAAAAUUAGGCCAUUAAUCAUGUUCUUUUUGCCAUAAGGACUAGAAACAUCCCCUCCCCCCAAAAAGAACACCUGAAAAACAUAUCUAGUCCUAUUUUUAAAUUGAAAAACUGCGGUGGAAGCGCUAGAGCAGGUUACAUAUCAUAUAUACCCUUUCCACUGAAUUGGGGACUUUUUGAUCAGUUUGGUGGGGAUAUAAAAAGGUUUCAUCCAGAAGGGAAGGAUCUGCAUGCAGGAAAGACAGAGCCGUGCCUACAGCUUGGUGCUGGUGGUGCCCAGGAGCGCCAGAAAUUUAAUCUGCUUCCCCUCCUGUUGUUGUGUCUGCUGCACUGCCAAGGAUUUCCCCAAUAUGCUGUGCCUGCCAUCCCAGCCGGUGAUUCAGAGGUCGUGAUCGUUCCAGAAGCUUCCAGACGGCAUCGCAGCGCCCUGACCUGUGGCCCAAGGCUGGCCCCAGCUCAGUGUCUGUGUGGUGGCAGAACGGCCCGACACUACUCUGAACCGAAGUACUGGGCCCGUAGCGCUCAACAGCUAGGCCGAAAUCUGCCUGGUAGAGCUUCCUCCAGGGAUGUCGGGUGAGAAGGACAGCUUCUCUAAGUGUGUGUGAUAAAACAAGAAUCUGGGUGUGUCUGGUGGAUUCUCUGGUCUUUAAUAAACCUCGGGGAAAUGAAGCAGGGCUGCAGUUAGAUAAUUUUAGACUCUGGAUUUAAUGAUUUUCAGGAGAUGUGUGCUUUUGCAUUACUUCACUUGCUUGGAAUUGGAGGAAGCCAGCGCAUUCAGGGGCCCAGCCUGUUGUGUGAGGGUCCUGUAUGGUGUCCCGUCGGAAAAAGAUUUAUUGAGCAGAGCGUGCAGGAAAGAGCAAAGCAAGCAGAGGGGUUGGGACCACGAAGGUGGUUAUGUUCUGCUCAUGUCUUUGCAAACUACUGCAAGACUGCCUUUCUGAAGCCAGCCCCAACAGUUCGAUAAAUUUCAUGCACAGCAAAUCCUUAUCUUCUCUCAAACCUACUAUCUUCGUGUCCCAGAAAAAGUGUUUUAAAAACAAAAGGAUAGAAAACCCAGGGAUCCAGGUGGAAGACAAAAGCACCUACAUCUGGGACAGAAGCAGAGCUUAGUGGUUGGAAGAGAGUGUAAAGUCAGAACCAUUGUAUAUUUUUUAAUUUGUAACCCACCGAGGGAGCCUUGGGGCUACUAAAUAAAAAGAAACGGGGACCUCCUUGUUUUUUUCCUCAGUUGCAAUAAUUUACUGAUUAGUGUUUAUUGACUAUUUUGGCACCAGCAUUGGCUGGGUUUCUGGGGAGCAGCUCCGACACCCCAAAACAUGGAGUCUAGCAGUGACAGGGGGCUAGGAAGAACAGCAGGAGGACACAUGCGUGGUGAGGAAGCAGAGCCUAGUGGUUAAAGGUUAGCCGAGCCCAAAGGGGGGGCAUGAGAACUCAGCAGGGCUCUCCCCGCACUGGGUUAGGGAGGGGGUCCAGGAGCCCCUGACAAAGGACGCCAGAGGAAGCCGGAGGCCCCCUGCGGAUGGCGGUGCACGCAGCCAGAGCAACAGUUGCGUGUCCUUCUCUUCCCAGCUCGCGCGCUCUCCCGCUGUAGGCGAUGUGGUCGAGGGCAUGAGGAACAGGCAGCGGCAGUGAUUGUCUGGCUGGCUUGUGUUUAGUCUGUGCCGUCUCCUCCUCCUCCUCCGCCGCCGCCUCUGUCUUUCACUCCAGUUGCACAAGGAAAAAGGCGUGGGGGGAGAAAGGAGCCGCGGAUGGGCGUCCCGCCACCUUGAGGAGCAGAUGCGUGUCUGCCGCAGUCAGGAGAGCAUGUUCUGCGUCCCGCCGCGACCGUCUCCACACCCCAGCGAGGGGCAGCCAGUAGCAGGGAGUUCUUGCGCUCGCCAUGUCCCUGAACCAGCCCAGCAGUAGCGACGCCUGCCUGAACAUUGUCCACAGCCUCAUGUGCCAUCGGCAGGGCGGGGAGAACGAGUCCUUCGCCAAGCGGGCCAUCGAGAGCCUGGUGAAGAAGCUGAAGGAGAAGAAGGACGAGCUGGACUCCCUCAUCACCGCCAUCACCACCAACGGCGCUCACCCCAGCAAGUGCGUCACCAUCCAGAGGACGCUGGAUGGCCGCCUGCAGGUGGCCGGGCGCAAAGGCUUCCCCCACGUCAUCUACGCCCGUCUCUGGCGCUGGCCGGAUCUGCACAAGAAUGAGCUGAAGCACAUCAAGUUCUGCCAGUUCGCCUUCGACCUCAAGUACGACAGCGUCUGCGUGAACCCUUACCACUACGAGCGGGUGGUGUCGCCUGGCAUCGGGCUGAAUAUUCAGAAUACAGCACCUCCUGCCCGGCUUGUGAAGGAGGAAUUUGUUCCGGACUGUAUCCAGAUGGAGCUGCCGGCUCCCCUGCAGGCUGACCGCCUGGGCCCAGGCAUCAAGGCCAGCCACCCACAGGCAGAGCCGUAUCAGCCCAUCUCUCCGCUGCAUCUUCCCGAGCCCUCGCACCCUUCCGCUGGCAUUUAUCCUGCACUGCCUUUAUCUCCCCCAGGCCCUCCUGGGGGUCCGCUGCUCCCCCUCUUGCACGGAGAAGGUCUUCUUCAGAUCUCCAGCCCACCUCAUCCCCCAGCCCCUUCCCCGGCUCCGCCAGGGUCCCAGCAAAACGGCUGCGCCCCCAAACUUCCCUAUCCGACAUCCACCUGGCCGGGAAGCAACAGUGCCGCGAGCUACGGGUCUGGGGGGAGGAGGCAGCAGCCCACCCCUCCGCCGCUCCCCACCCCUCCGCAGCAGCAGAAUGGCCGAAGCCACCCACAGCCACCCCUCCAUCACCCAAACCAUUAUUGGCCGGUCCACCACAGCUCUCUCCCCUAUCAGCAGCUGGUGUCCAGCCACCCCGGCCCUGAAUUCUGGUGUUCGAUCGCCUACUUCGAGAUGGACGUGCAGGUGGGCGAGAUCUUCAAGGUGCUGGCCAACUGCUCGGUCGUGACUGUGGACGGCUACGUGGACCCAUCCGGAGGGGACCGAUUCUGCCUGGGGCAGCUAUCCAAUGUUCAUCGCACCGACGCCAGCGAGCGGGCCAGGCUGCACAUCGGGAAAGGCGUGGAAUUGCAGUGCCGGGGCGAAGGUGACGUCUGGAUGCGGUGCUUGAGCGACCACGCGGUCUUCGUGCAAAGCUACUACCUGGAUCGGGAGGCUGGGCGUGCCCCGGGCGACGCUGUGCACAAGAUCUACCCUGGUGCUUAUAUAAAGGUAUUCGACCUGCGCCAGUGCCACCGGCAGAUGCAGCAACAAGCGGCCACAGCACAGGCGGCCGCAGCAGCACAGGCGGCCGCGGUGUCCGGGAGCAUCCCUGGACCUGGCUCCGUGGGAGGCAUUGCUCCUGCCGUUGGCCUCUCCGCGGCGGCCGGCAUUGGCGUGGAUGACCUCCGGCGGCUCUGCAUCUUGCGGCUCAGCUUCGUCAAGGGCUGGGGGCCGGACUACCCCCGCCAGAGCAUCAAGCACACCCCCUGCUGGAUUGAGGUGCACCUGCACCGGGCGCUGCAGCUGCUGGAUGAGGUCCUGCACACCAUGCCCCUGGCCGACCCCGCCCCUGUCAACUAGGGUGGCUGCGGCGGGGCGCAGGGGGACUCUUGGCUCCGAUGCAGCAGGCGGCGGGGCGGGGCGGGACGGGGUGGCGGGGCGCUGUGGUGGAGACUGUGCUUGUCCACGUGGCCGUGGCCGGCCGGGGGUGUCAAGGAGCUUUCCUGGAGUCGCUCGAGAGAGCAAGACUGGGGGAUUGGCCACGAACUCCAGCCCCUUGCGGCUGCCCCCGGCCUCAGUCUGUCCCAUCCCCAGCCACAGAAUGAACUGCUUUGGAAGAGGACCGGCUUUUGACUACUUUCUCCUCUGCUGGCGGCUGCGUUGCUCCGGAGCAUCAGCGGCCCACCUGCCAGAGGGGUAAGGAGCUGACACAGCUCCCGGACAGCUUCUUCCUGCUUCUCUCUUGCUCUCAGCCCCUUCUGCAAGCCCUCAUCCGAAGCAGCUGGCUUACAGAUCCGUUCUCACGCUCUCAGUCGCAAAGCAGGGCAGAAGCCUUUAAUGGGGACCGAAGUCCAGGUUUUGGCGUCCUCAGUGGUAACUCACGAGGCAGUGAGUCUCUGUUCCCACUGCCCUUGUGGGAAGGGCCUCACGCCUCCUCUUUCCAAUCUGAGCUUGCCUUUUGCUUCCUUGACAAGCAGAGGAAACCCUGAGCUGGCAGGGGUCUCCUGCUUCUCCUCCUCUCCCCCACCAUCGUCUGGAGGCAGUAGAACCAGGAGGUUGCAGUGGGGGAAGAGAGAGAGCGACUCCAGGGGCUCUCGUCCGUGGGCCCCUGCUGGAAUGUGUACCAGUCCUGGUUUCACCAACCAGUUGCUUUGCUCAAAGGGCUAAAAGCACCUUUUGUUAGGUUUAAAAAUGUUUUUCAUUUAAACCAACAGUACACAAUAUUCUCAAAAUGCAGAAAGGCACGUGCUCUCUUCAGUGUGGGAAUGCCGUUUCUCAUUACAUGGACAGACAGGCCUUUCCCCAAAGGGUCUGUUUCUGCUAGAGGGUCUAAAUGGGUCUAAAUGGACACAUUUGCCCCAAAACAGAAAGCGUGUGUCUUGCUUUGGAAAUUAUGGGUUAAAAAAAACCCUAUGUAAAUGAAAGCCAAGUUAAAUUGGUAGUUUUUAAUCUACUCAAGGUCAUGGAAUUAAAAUUGCUUUAAGGGGUUUGUAACCCUACCUAAAACCAAAUAACUGGAAACACCAAAAAAGGACCCACAACUACCCACAAAUAUUUGAAAACUUGUUUGCUUGCUUGGGCUUUCUAUCUUGAUGGCAGGCAGCCGACAGCCCUAGAUCGUGCCCCAUGACACAUCUGGCUGGCCAGUACCAAUUUUGCAGAUCAAGUGCCGGAUAUGGUUUGGCUCACAGAAUUCAACUCUCCAGAGAAUUUGGUCUUUUAUUACCAAAAAAAUGAAAGAAGCCAUGUCUUUAGUUCUUACGUGAAGAUAGUUUUGAAGCCAUGCAGACCAUUCCUGACGAAAUUUUGGCGGCUUCAGGAUGGAGGUUGUGCCCCAUGCCAGAAAAGGCAUUUGGGGGGGAUUGCAGAAUAAAUUCUGCGAAAGGAGAAAAAGUGCUAAUUUGUAGGAAGUGCCAUGGCUUUGGAAUUCAGCUUUUCUUGACUUGCUUGGGAACAGAAAUCAAAUUUCGAGUCCCAGACAGCGGCUGCUUCAUUGCAUACCCAAAAUAGGACACCUACCAAUCUGCCUAAGUAAUAGGGCACAAAUUGGACAGGUGGAAUUUUCCCUCCUCUUGGCCUGAGGAGGAAGUGGCACAACUAAGCCACUGUUUGGUUUCUGGCUGUAGUCCAGCACUUAGAAACCGAAGAGAGGGGGGGUACAUUAGCUUAUAGCUACCCUCAUUUUUGUUAUAUGCUGUGCCAAAAUUCAACAGGUUUCUGUGUGGGUUGUCAGGCAACCCAGGCAGCCAGUCUUGCUGUGUUCACAUGUCAGGAGAAGCUUGGCCCCGUGAGGGCAAAUGCAAACAGGGUGAGGCCGUGCAAGGAAGGCUCCGGAGCCAUUGCUGCUUCUUGGCGGCCCUCGUGCCUUGGGAAGCAGGCCGCCGGCUGUCUUAGUGGUGUGUCAUGGUACACAAACCGGGCGAGCAGCUUGUGGCCUGCCAGAUGCUCUGGGCUACAGCUCUCCUCCGUCUUAGCCGUCCCGUGAGCCCGUCGCCCCUUGCCCCAUAAGCCAUUUGGAUGCGGCAGGGAGGCAGGCAGGCCAUGUGACACCAACCUGGUUGCCAGCUGUGCCCCGGAAGGCUGUUGCUGCAGCUCAGGAUGUGUGUGUGUGUGUCACCACAUUGUGUAGAUGUACCGUUCGGGAGCAACUUCUUCCUUUGCUGAGCAUUCCAGGUGGUAUUUAUUCCUCAGUGCUGGGAAGAAAAGUUCUACUAGCUGAGGUAGGCAAUUAAGCCGCUGUUUAUAAAGGCGGUGUAGCAGGCCAGGCAGGCUGUUUUCCUGGUAAGUUGGCAACCUUCCCAAAUUCCUUGUCUGGCCCACCAAGAAAAUAGACGGGGACAUUUGUUGCAGCCCUGGGCAUCCCAGCUUGUGGGUUGGGGGGCCUGCCCUUUAGCACUGAUAUUCCUCUGAAAUGAGCACUUGUUAAUAAUACCAGCUGUUCCCUGGGCACUCUUGCCUCUGGCUGUUUUUAAAAUAUUUUAUUUUAAAAUAAUCAUUAUUUAAAGGAUAAUUUGUUUUCCACCUGGCUCGUGUUGGCUUCUUGUGUUGCAGAAGGUAUGGGGGCACUGUGGACUUUUCCCUGAAUUUCAGAAGCAGCUUAAACCGAGCGUCUCAGUUUAUUGGCUUGGAGAAUGCUGUGGAAACGUGGGGAAUAAAAGGAAUGCCUUGCCUGGAAAAGCAACUGAGCUUACUUAAAGGCAUUGCUAUGUGUAUUCUUUGCAUAUUUCCGUGAGAGGGAAAACAGGGAAGUAAUCCUGGGGAUAGAACAGUGUCAUUUAAAAAACAAGUUUCUAGUGCUUUGGGCAAGAGGGUUGGAGAAGACUGAUGCAGGGAAGGCAUUCAUGUGGAUCUCUCUUCAGCAUAUAGGAACCUAGAGGUUGGAGCAGGACCCCAGCUUGGCUGUGGAACACACAAUAUUUAUUUAUAUAUUUGGAGACAGUAUGGUUUAUUGCUUAGAAUGCUAGACUGGGGCAUCUGGGAGAAUCAGAUUCUAGUCCCCACACAGCCAUGAAGCUCAGUGGGUGACUUUCGGCCAGACUCUCAGCCCAAACUAUCUCACAGGGUUGUUGUGAGGAUAAAAAGGAUUAGGAUUUUGUUUCCUCACAGGGAAAAGGCAGGAUAUACUUCUAAUAAAUUUAUAUGACACUUCAUGCCAAAGUGCUGCACAUAGAAUACAAUAAAACAAUUUAAAAUGCA